AUGGUGGAUGACAAGUACAUUGGGUUGGCACUUGCCAUUCUGUCCUCUCUUGCCAUUGGUACUUCGUUCAUUAUAACGAAAAAAGGACUCAUGGACACUCUGAAGCGUACAGGUUCCGGGCGAGUUGAUGGUCACGAAUAUCUUCGAAACCCGAUUUGGUGGGCAGGAAUGAUGACUAUGGCUAUCGGAGAGAUUGCCAAUUUUGCAGCAUAUACCUUUGCGCCUGCUAUUCUUGUCACUCCUUUGGGGGCACUUUCCGUUAUCAUUGGUGCUGUGUUGGCACUGAUAUUUCUCAAAGAGGAGUUGGGCGUCUUGGGCAAGUUAGGCUGUGCCAUCUGUUUAAUGGGCCUGGUAAUUAUCAUUUUACAUGCCCCCGCAGACAAGGAAGUUGAAACAGUUGAUGAAAUACUUGGGUAUGCCGUGAAACCUGGUUUUCUAUUCUAUUGCGGAAUGGUGGCCGCAUACUCAUUGUUUGUUAUCUACAAGAUUGUUCCCAAAUAUGGCCAUACAAAUCCGAUGAUAUACAUUUCGAUUUGCUCGUCUGUUGGGUCGAUAUCAGUCAUGUCAAUCAAAGCUUUCGGCAUUGCCUUGAAAUUGACAUUUGCUGGGAACAACCAAUUCACUCAUGUACUGACAUACCUAUUCAUUUUUGUUGUUGCAGGGUGUAUUUUGACUCAAAUGAACUAUUUCAAUAAAGCGUUGGAUCAAUUCGAUACUUCUAUUGUCAAUCCGUUGUACUAUGUUACAUUCACAACGUUUACGCUUACUGCGUCGUUUAUUCUAUUUCGCGGAUUCAAUACCCUGAGUGUGGUCGAUAUCAUCUCAUUAUUGAUUGGGUUUCUCAUAAUUUUCUCGGGUGUUUACUUACUCAACAUUUCUCGGAAAGACGAUACCAACACACCAGAAAAUAACCGAGAGUUGUUUGGGACUCAUCAAACAAAAGACAUGGCCCCCAUGGACAAUGGCAUUGGAAGUUUAUCGAUGCGCAGAUCGAUGACAAUGAACCGUGGUGAUGCUGAUUACGAGGAAAUGGUUGGAUUGACACGAUUUGAUUCUUUCGAAAUCGGUUCGGAUGACGAUGAGCAACGCCGCCGCCGAGAUUAA